ACAUGUUGAUUGUUUUUUCUUCUUUGCGAUUGGACAUUUCGGCGACACUAUUAUUGGUUGAUUACGCUGAACUGAGGAACGAACAUGGCACAAUCCCCUCUUAAAAUCCUUGCUUGUGGUGACGUGGAAGGAAGAUUUUCACAACUGUUUUCGAGAGUACGAAAUGUUGUGAAGAAAGCAGGUCCAUUUGAGAUGCUAUUGUGCGUAGGAAAUUUCUAUGGGACAAGUGAGACCGCUCUAGCGGAUUGGAAGUUGCUCCAGUCUGGAGAACUGAAAGUGCCUCUACCUACCUACAUACUUGGGCCCAACCACCCAGAUCACGCCCUUUUCUUUGAUAACCAAGAAGGAGGAGAUGUAUGUGAAAACUUAACCUUUCUAGGCAAGCGUGGCAUCUACUCGACUGCGGCAGGACUGCAGAUCGCAUACCUGAGUGGGCUGGAGUCUGCAGGCAGACCCGAUGAUGGCUGUCACUUCAGCAGAGGAGACAUUGAUGCGCUUGGGUUGCCUCUCAUCUCUAAUAGCAAGUUCAAAGGAGUCGAUGUUCUUCUCACAUCACAGUGGCCAGCUAAUGUCACCCAGUAUACCCGUGAUGCAGAAAGUGUGAAACCUGCUCAAACAUCCUCACUACUUGGUGACUUAGUCUUGGCAUUAAGACCUCGUUAUCACUUUGCUGGCAUGCAGGGUGCGUUUUACGAGAGGACACCGUACAGGAAUCACAAGGUGUUAGCAGAGAGCACUAAGCAUGUCACAAGAUUCCUGGGCCUUGCCAAGGUUGGAAAUCCAGAAAAGAAGAAGUACCUGUAUGCAUUCAAUAUCACACCGAUGAACAAGUUAAAACAAGAAGAAUUGAUCAAACAACCUGAGGAAGUUACGGAGUGUCCCUUCACUUGGUCUAAGAGAGAAGAACCAAAGGAAACGAACCAGUUCUUCUUUUCCAAAGGAGAUCCGUCGAAACAAGGUCAGAGAGGUCAGAAGAGGCAUCAUGGGGGUAAUAAAUCAGACAAUCAAAGACAACAUGACGGUCAUAGGCAACAUGAUGGUCAAAGACACCAUGACGGUCAAAGGCAAAGAGAUGGACAGUUACAACACAAAAUAAAGAAGCAACCGCAACCUACUGGUCCAUGUUGGUUUUGUCUUGGAAGCCCAAAAGUUGAGAAACAUUUAGUUGCUAGCAUUGGUACAUCGUGUUAUUUGGCUUUAGCAAAGGGAUCUCUUGUUCCUGACCACACCUUAAUUCUUCCUAUUGGCCAUUACCAAUCCAUGUUAGAUCUCACAGAGGAAGUACAGGCUGAACUUGAUCAGUUCAAAUCAGCGUUGAGGAAGUACUACUCAUCAAUAGGAAAGACGUGUGUCAUAUACGAAAGGAAUUUCAGAACACAGCAUCUUCAGCUUCAGGUCAUUCCUGUCAAUAAGUCGAAGGCAGAAGACAUCAAAGAGGUUUUCUUCAGGAUCGCAGAGGAACACAAGCUAGACUUGGCUGAGAUACCUCAACACACAGAUCUAAAACAGAUUUUGUCUGUAGGGUCACCCUACUUCUAUGCAGAGCUGAAUGAUGGAGAGAAGAUCUUGCACAGAAUAAAGAAAUUCUUUCCUCUACAGUUUGGCAGGGAGGUGAUGGCAGCUGAAGAAUUGCUUGACUUGCCUGAGAGAGUGGACUGGAAGAACUGUAGCAUCAGCAAGGAAGAGGAGAUGAAAUUAGUCUCGACGUUUAGAGAACAGUUUGAGCCGUUUGACUUUAAUCUCUGAGAUUGACAUGUGGUAUUCCAAGGAUUCAUAGUGGUCCUGAUAACCAUUUCAUGCAGUUUGUCAACACUGAUGAGAUGUCGUUAUCCAACAGAUACAUGUACCAUGGUAAUCGUUGGAUACCUGUGCUACCGAGCAGAUCAACUUGUUAGACAACAGAUGUUGAUGAGACGAUCGCCUGAUAUUCAGGAGUUUUUUUAUCUGUUGGAUUAUCACAGAAGAAGAUUUUUAAUGGCUAUGCUGGCAUUGCAGGCGUGCGACCUUCAAAGCCUUCUGUUAUUGUUCAUGAGACGGAUGCUGUAGCUGCCCGUUGUCUGAAAGCCGACGCAAAACAUCAGUCUGCACUGUGCUGCUUGUUACCCAGGUGUUGAAUGGACUUAAUGUACGUCCAUUUUUAAUCCAUAAAACUCUUUUCACUUUUCAUGCAAGUCAUUUUUAAUCAUCUUUUUAAAACUGUGUGGUGCUACUAAAACUCAAGUGGAUUUUAUUGUGACAAGCCUUUUUCUCAUUUGCUUAUAAGAGACUUGUACCAGUAUAUACCUACAUGUUGAAAAGAUAUAACAAAUAUUUCCUUUUUGGAACUUUAUUUAAUACGCACUGUAAUGCUAUUGAGUAAGGAUAGAUUGGCACACUCUCAGAUGGAUUUUCCAGGAUAUGCGUUAACAAAGCAUGAGGGGAUAUCAAAUCUAUAUCUACUGCCUUGUUUUCCCCUUCAUAUUUUAAAGAAAUAGUCCUAGUACUGUUUUUACUGGUGAAUCCUGGUGGGUGUUUUAUAAAGCUGUUCGUAAGUUACAAGUGGCUUUACAAACGACUGGUGAUCCUUUCUUUUGGUUAAUCAACACACACCAGAUUCUCAAUGGAGUUUAUUUAGUUCCAAAGAAAGGGUCACCAGUCGUUGGUAAAGUUACUCAUAAAUUACAAACAGCUUUAUCAAGCACCAACAACCUGCAUUAAGUUUUGGUAUUAAAUCUGAAGGUUAUAAAUUUUCAAAGUUUUGAUUCAUUGUUAGAUAAAUUAAAAGAGAUAUCUUAAACACAUGUGUGAAAAUGCAGACUGAAAUCUAUUUUUUUUAGGUAAAAUUUGCUAUCGAAACAAUUAAAUCCCAUCUUUGGUUUUGGUAAAUCAAAAGCGAAUGUCAUUGAAUUCCAUUUCAUUACUGGAUUACAUUCAUGCAUGUACCUCUUAAGACUUUUGAUGUGAAGGAUACCUUCUAUAAAUGUUUUUUAUCGGAUAAAUUGACUGAUUUACACCAGAUUUUUAUUCAUUCGGGUGCCCAGUGAAAAUAGAAUAUCUGCAUAUUUUUGUUUUAUUUAACAUGUAUAAAACACCUUCUGAAGCAUGGAAUAGGCUGAAAAUUUCAGUAUAUAGUCUUUGUCAGUAGCUUUCUAAUAUCCAAUCACUAUGUAAAAUAAGUCCUCAAACAUCUAUUUAAAGGGGAAUGAAACCUUUGGAACAAGUAGGCUUGUGUAAAAACAGAAAAAUCAAAGAAAGAAAGUUUGAGAAAAAUCAGACAAAUAAUGAGAAAGUUAUGAGCAUUUGAAUAUUGCAAUCACUAAUGCCAUGGAGAUCCUCCCAUUGUUAUUUUCUGCAUUUACCUUUCCAUAAACGUCUGCAUGGAAUCGGACAAUACAAUUUUUUUUUGGUCAGAAGCUGCGCAUUAUUUAAGUGUAUUUAGCUCUUUUUUGUUCAGUAUUGAGCUCCUCUAUUACAUGUAUGUCUGUUUGGGCACAGUUUAGCUCCUUUCUCUAUAUGCAUGUGUUUCUAUGUGUUUUUUUACACAUUGAAGUAAAUGACAUAGGUGUUUUUUU